AUGCCUGGCGCUGCACUCCCGGGGAGACCCGGCAACCUCACGAAGGAACAGGAACUCAGAUUACAGGAGAUGUGGACUGCGACAUUGAAAGUCUUCGGCGUGUCUGGCUUCAACAAUGGUACCAACGGUGAUGCUGUAUCAAUAACGGGAUCCGAAACUGCUGAGCAGGCCGGGACGGUUGGCUCAGAAAAGAAGAAGAAGAAGCGCGUGAACUUGUUCAGCAGGAAACAUCAUGAUGACGUUGGUACCGAGGACGCUGAAAGUGUGUCUGCUACAGAUGCAAACGACAAAUAUGGUCAGGCAAAGGAAUUCCACAAAGUUCUCGAAAGCCAGUCUCCAGAAGCUAUACGUACGGCUUUCUGGAGUAUGGUCAAGCAUGAUGAUCCUGAUGGCUUGCUGCUGAGGUUUCUUCGGGCGCGCAAAUGGAAUGUGCAAAAUGCUCUGAUAAUGUUAAUUUCUACAAUGCACUGGCGAAUGCAAGAAAUGCAUGUAGACGACGACAUAGUAAGAAGGGGAGAGGCCGGCGCCUUGGACGAUAGCAUUAACUCAACCAGCCCAACCAAGAAAGAAGGCCAUGAUUUUCUGACGCAAAUGAGGCUGGGAAAGAGCUUUUUGCAUGGCACGGACAAAGAGGGAAGGCCACUCACCUUUGUGAGGGUGAAGUUGCACAAACAAGGAGAGCAGAGUGAAGCUAGCCUCGAGAGGUUUACGGUGUACACGAUUGAGACUGCUAGAUUGCUCCUUUCUCCUAACGUGGACACUGCAGCCAUCAUCUUUGACAUGACGGAUUUUUCCAUGGCGAAUCUGGAUUACGGCCCCGUGAAGUUCAUGAUCAAGGUUUUUGAGGCGAACUACCCAGAAAGUCUAGGAGUUGUUCUCGUGCAUAAGUCCCCUUGGAUGUUUCAGGGCGUUUGGAAAUUGAUCAGGGGCUGGCUAGACCCAGUGGUAGCGGGCAAAGUCCAUUUCACCAAGAACGUAGAGGAGCUAGCAGAGUUUGUCGAGCGAAGCCAUAUUAUCAGGGAACUAGGAGGAGACGACCCGUGGACCUACCAAUAUGUUGAGCCAGUCGCUGGAGAAAACAAGCUACAGUCAGACGGUGUAACAAGACAGCGUCUGCUGGACGAGCGAGCUGCAGUGGUCAAGGACUACGAGGCCACAACGCAGCAAUGGAUCCGUGAUCCUAAUUCGACGCAUGCGCUGCAACAGAGAAGAUCCGAGCUGACCAACCGAUUACGAACUGGUUACUGGGAGCUCGAUCCGUAUCUGAGGGCAAGGACUUUGUACGAUCGUACUGGUAUAAUCAGAGAGGGUGGGCAGAUCCAGUACUACGGGUCUCCCAACAGCGCUACUGGUUCAAAUGCUGGCCAUCAUUCGAUUCAGAACGGCCCACUUCCUCCAGAACACCGAACGGAUGAGCUGGACUAG